AUGUCCUAUUCCUCAUUGGCUGUCAUACAAUCAAAUGCGAAGAUGCCAUGGCAUUCCGUGCCCUCCCUGAACAUUGCUGAUAUUUCUGUCCUCCAUCGUGGUCAACCCAGCCUUCUCACUUAUGGGCCAUCCAAUACCAGCUCCUGGCCAUCCAGCAGUGCAGAUGCAAAUCCAUUCUGCCUGCCAAUAGAGGAUGAUAUGCGAUGUCCUUGCCACCUUGCUGUGAGGCAUUACCUUGGGUGUUCCUUCAGUUAUUCACUCUUCCUCAAGCAUGUUCUCCAUUUUUCAUCUUCUGCCAAUGUGGGGCCACAGCUUCAACUAUUCCAUUCAACCAUCUUUUGGUGUCUUGUGCCAUGGUGUUCUCAUGUGUGCAAUGCAGCCAACAGCAACAAAGUGAUAGCAAUUCCACGUGUCAAGAACAUCCACACUCUCAAACUUUGGUUAAUGCCAGGGUGGAAUUUAAGAUCUGUCUCGCUUGUUUUUAUUGUUUGGGUUCCAGUGGCGGAUCAUCUGAGCAAAUGGACAGGCACAAGACAUGGUGACAGCCCCAAGUCAAUCCCACACCUGCCUGUUUGCAUCCAUAACCAGCUGAGGGGCACCAGCUGGUUACAGAUGUAA